GCCAUCAUGGUCCCAUUCUUCAUUAUGAAAUAUAGCUAGCUAAGAUAUUGUAGUAUGCCGAACCACAUUGGUGCUAGAAAAUUAGCAAUGGCUUUUACUGUACGGCUGCUUCUGUUUUCCUCACUGUUUCUGCUACCAGUUUCUGUGUUUGCUCAAACCAAUGGUGGCAUAGCAGUGGGGGAUUUCCUAACUGCAACUGCAGCUAACUCCUCACCAUGGCUUUCUCCAUCUGGUGAUUUUGCCUUUGGAUUUUUUCCGCUUGGAAGCAAUGAUCUUUUCCUGCUCUCAAUAUGGUAUGCCAAAAUACCAGACAGAACCAUAGUUUGGAAUGCAAAUCGGGAUAAUGAGGCUGCAGUUGCACCCAAGGGGUCAACUGUGAACUUGACUGCCAACAGCGGUCUAGUGCUUAGAAGUCCUCAGGGUGAAGAGCUAUGGAAAUCUGAAACCAGUGUUGGUGUUGUUGCCAAUGGGGUCAUGAAUGACACAGGCAACUUCGUUCUUCAAGAUAGAAAUUCAGAAAGCUUAUGGGAGACCUUCAACAAUCCCACUGAUACCAUGUUGCCUGGACAGACAUUGGAAAGAAGUGGGAAGCUUUCGUCUCGACAAUCGGAGACUAACUAUUCGAAAGGACGGUUCCAGCUGCUUCUGCAAGAAGAUGGGAACCUUGUGCUCAGCACCAUAAACUUGCCAACAAACUUUGCCAAUGAACCUUACUAUGCAACCGACACUACCUCAGGGACCGUGGCAGGUAGUGAAGGUAAAGAAUUGGUUUUCAAUGUCUCAGGCUACUUGUAUGUUGUGAGAGAGAAUGGUGGAAAGUACAAUCUUGCAGUGGGAGAGGUAGUCUCAGCAAGGGACAACUAUAUUAGAGCAACUCUCAACUUUGAUGGGAUUUUUGCUCAAUAUUAUCACCCCAAGAAUUUCACUGGAAAUGUAAGCUGGACUAUUCUGUGGUCAGAGCCAGAUAAUAUUUGCCAAAGAAUUACCGAAAGUUCAGGUGUAGGUGUUUGUGGGUACAACAGUAUCUGCACUCUCAAAGGAGAUAAGAGGCCAACCUGUGGAUGCCCAACAGGGUUCUCUUUACUUGAUCCAAAUGAUCCAUAUCGGGGAUGCAAGCCGGAUUUCAUACAAGGCUGUAAAGAAGAUGAGCUUAGUGGCACAAAAGAUUUAUAUGAUGUUGAGGUGCUAAUAAAUACAGAUUGGCCAAUCUCAGAUUACGUGCAGUUGAAACCUUUUACCGCAGAGAAGUGCAAUGAAUCUUGCUUUCAAGAUUGUUUGUGUGCUGUUGCUAUUUUCCGGUCUGAAACCUGCUGGAAAAAGAAGUUACCUCUCUCAAAUGGGAGAGUGGAUGUAAGUCUUAAUUCACAAGCCUUCAUCAAAGUCAGAAAGGACAAUUCAACUCUACCAAUACCAGCUCCUCAACUUCCAUGUCCAGAUGAAUUGUAAGGUCUGUAGAUUAUGAAGUUAAGGCCCUGGGUGAUAAAACGACACUGGAAAAGUUUAUGAUGGUUGCUAUUUGGUGUAUUCAAGAAGACCCUUCUCUUAGACCCAAUAUGAGGAAGGUUGUUCAGAUGCUUGAAGGAGUGGUGGAAGUACAAGUUCCCCCAUGCCCUUCCCCAUUUUCCAGAGCAUGCUUGAAGGAGUCAUUUGUAUCGCACGUUUAAAUCAUUUUCUGUACUAAGUUGCUUAUUUUCUCUUUAUCAAUCGUUUUAGUGGACUUAUUUGUAGUUUUGCAUCGCUUUAAUUUGGCCAUACUGAUAAGAAAGAAGGCUUUGUGUAAGUUAUGUUCUUGUUGGGAAGGACAAAUUCUGUUGAGAAAACGUAGUACAACUAUGUGUUUGCUUAAUCUAAGUAUUGAUGAAGUUUGUGGCCUAUUUAUUUUUA